CCCAAAUUGACUGUGGGAUGAGGAUUAUUUUGUUGACUCUUAGAUGUGCUUGUUUGCCGUGAUACAUCAACUAAUUCUCCUCUCUUAUUAAAACUUCUCUCGCCACAAUGCCGUUUGGGAUUCUAGAAUGCAAAAAGAUGGAACUCGUGCCCGGCACGGCUUUCAUGAAUGAUCAGGAUGACUUACCACCGGAGCUGACCGACGUCCCGAUAGAACUACUCAAGAAGGGCAAAGGACGGUACAAGGACGUCAUCCUGGUCCCUCAACCAACCGACAGUCCCAACGAUCCGUUGAAUGUAGGGGGAGUCCAUUCACUCUCUUGAUCUCCCAAGCUAUGACACCUUUUAAAAAAAAAAAUCAACACUAAUCAACACUAAUCUCACGAAUUGCUUGCCCACCUCACAAAAGUGGCCUCAAUGGAAAAAAGAAGUGGUCCUUUUGAUCGUCGCCAUGUCGGCAGCGGUGGUUGGCGCCUACGGACCGAUGCUCUCGCCGGGCUUCGUCCAGGUGUCGAUCGACCUCGGCAUCACUGUCCAGAUCCUAUCCGAGGCGACGGCGUGGCUGAUCCUCUCCAUCGGCCUGUCGCUCUUCCUCACCAACCCGCUGGCCAAGAUCAUCGGCCGCAGGCCCAUCUACAUUGGCGCCAUCGCCAUUAUGUUCGCCACGAGCGUCUGGGGCGCCGUCACCACCACUUACUCGUCCUUCCUCGCCAGCCGCAUCAUCGCCGGCAUUGGUAUGGCCCCUUAUGAGAUCCUCGUGCAGUGCACCAUCGGGGACCUCUACUUCGUCCACGAGCGCGCCACCAGGAUCGCCGUCUGGAACAUGUUCCUGCUGACGGGCAUCAGCGGCGGGGCGUUGAUCGCCGGUUACAUCAUCGAGCGGGACGGGUAUCGGUGGACGUUUGGGGUGUGCGCCAUCUUCUUUGGCGUCUUGAUGCUGUGCGUCGUGUUUCUGGUGCCAGAGACCAUGUACCGGCGUGGUGAAGAGACGAGGACGAGGGCGGUGGGAGGUGUCAAGGAGGAAAUCCAUGGGGAGAAGAGUGCGGCCGAGGAAGUUUCCAUGGUUGCUGGUCAGGAAGCGGAACUGAAACACAGCUACCUACGAUCGCUCCGUGUGUUUACGGGCCGUUACAGUCAUGCACCGCUGUGGAAGGUUUUCUUGAGGCCUGUGGUGCUUUUCUUUUACCCGGCAGUGCUAUGGGGGUUUCUGAUAUACGGGACACUUAUGACCUGGAUAGUCGUAUUCUCCGUCGUCAACGCCGUCAUCUUCAUCAACCCACCUUACAACUUCACAAUCAGCCAGACCGGCCUGAUAAGCCUCUCGCCCUUCAUCCUAACCAUCGUGGGUGAGCUCAUGUCUGGACCACUCAACGACUGGAUCUGCCUGUACCUGACGCGCAAGAAUCGGGGCGUGUACGAGCCCGAGUUCCGGCUGCCGCUCAUGGCGGUGGCGGGGGUUCUCGGCGUGGUCGGCUUCUUCGGCUUCGGCGCCACCGUCCACAACCAGACGCACUGGGUCGGCCCCGUGCUGUGCUUCGGCCUGGCCAACAUGAGUUUGGUUUUUGCGUCGACGUGCGUGUUUGGCUACGUCAUCGACUGCUACCGCCGGCUCAACGAGGAGGCGUUUGUCGCCAUCAACGCCAGGAACCUGCUCACUUUUGGCUUCACGUACUUUAUCAACGACUGGCUGGCGAUGCAGGGGCCCCUGGUUGUGUUUUGCAUCCUGGGGUCGUUGUUCCUGGGGGUUACUUUGCUGACGGUCCCUUUGUGGAUCUUUGGAAAGCGUCUCCGUAGCUUCACGGGCCGGAGUAAAUGGUUGCAGAACUUUAUGAAUGAUGAAGAUUUGUGAUUUAGUUUGAACCUGUGUCUCACCACAGUACCGGUAGAUUGGAUAGUAAGUGUUUGUCUAUCUUAUUGAUUUCGCCGAGACUGAUCGUGAAUAUAACCUUCCGUUCUAGACUAGACUAGACUAGACCUAGAACAAGGUAUAUAGUAUUACGAUAGAUAUCAAAUUGAAAUCUCACCACCGGUG